UGACGGUUAGGUUAUGUAAUCAUAUUAAACAGUCGCAACAACAUUUCCUCAACUACAAGUUCCUCUUGGAACACACUACCUUGCGAACAUCACCGCGUGAAUCCCGCACAGCCUGUCCACUGAACUCCGCUGUUCCCCACCCUGCCAUUUCCCCAGCCGUUUCCAGCCCGGAUCUUUCCCAGACAUCCAAGUGGGCCACACUCUUGAAAAACUUGGUUGCCUGCCUGCAAACCGCAUCGUCUUAAGCUUUCAUUCAGCCGGUCAUCUUUGGUUUCGCCUUCAAGUACGAUCUUGUACGCUCCAUACUCCUUUCAUCGACUAGGACAGCUUGAAUACAUCUCAUCAGCGGCUCACUUAACCACCCCAUCUUCCUUGAGGCUCCCCCGCCUUGGUGGUUCAACUGCGGGAUCAAAUCAUGUUCCGCGCACAGCAAAAUGCAUUUGACGAUGCCGUUGCCAAGGCGACGGAUGAGAACUUGACAUCGGAAAAUUGGGAAUUUAUUCUUGAUGUUUGUGAUAAGGUUGGCAGUGAGGAUACGGGCGCGAAAGAUGCGGUUGCUGCAAUGAUAAAGCGACUUGCGCAUCGGAAUGCUAACGUGCAACUUUAUACCUUGGAACUUGCUAAUGCCCUUUCGCAAAAUUGCGGGGUGAACAUGCACCGUGAGCUGGCUUCGAGAAGUUUUACGGAUUCCCUUCUACGCCUCGCAAACGAUCGGAACACACACCAACAAGUGAAGGCGAAGAUACUAGAGCGGAUGGAAGAAUGGACAGAGAUGUUUUCUAGCAAUCCUGACUUCGGUAUUAUGGAGCAGGCUUAUAUGAAACUCAAGUCGCAGAAUCCAAAUCUUCAACCACCAUCGAAACCAACGAAGCGGCAAAUUACCGAUUUUGACCGGCAGAAGGAGGAAGAGGAACUUCAGAUGGCGCUCGCAUUGUCUAUUAAGGAUAAAUCUUCUUCUUCUUCAACCCAUAACAACACCGCUGCACAGCGUACGACCAGUCAGGAUAGCCAGGGCCAGCCUGCACCGUCCCAGCUUCUUCCAUCAGGUACUACCGCAGCCACCGUUUCUCGGGUUCGAGCCCUAUAUGACUUUCAACCAUCUGAGCCCGGAGAACUCCAGUUCCGCAAGGGUGAUGUUAUUGCGGUGCUCGAAUCUGUUUACAAAGAUUGGUGGAAAGGUUCUCUGCGGGGCCAAACCGGAAUCUUCCCCCUUAACUAUGUUGAGAAACUAUCAGAUCCCACCCAAGAGGAGCUCCAAAGAGAAGCUCAAAUGGAGGCUGAAGUUUUCGCCGAAAUAAAAAAUGUAGAGAAACUUUUGACGCUUUUGAGCACCAGUAGUUCAGAAUUGAACGUCCAGGAGAACGACGAAAUCACAACUCUAUAUCAUUCUACGCUUGCCAUACGCCCAAAACUUAUUGAAUUGAUUGGAAAGUACUCACAGAAGAAAGACGACUUUACCCAACUUAAUGAAAAGUUCAUCAAAGCUCGAAGAGACUACGAAUCCCUUCUAGAGGCCUCGAUGGCCCAUCCAUCACAGCCGCAUUACGGACGGCCGCCACAGUCUGCAUACAGCUAUCCAGUGCAAAGUGCAUCCCCUGGAUACCCUCAGGGGGUUCAACAGGACGAAGCCCAUCAUUACUAUGCCGCUCACCCACAAGACGGCCCAAAACCUUUCCAAUCUAGCCAAACUCCGUUCUACAGCUCCGAGCAAGUUCCGCUCCCCUACCCGAACAAUGUGCAGACUCCUGAUACCAGACAACGAACACCCAGCGGCACACGCCCCUUGCAACAAUCUCAGCAGCAACCCCCCUCUGACACGUACGGAGCAAAUGGUCUUGUUCAUAACCACGCUCAGAAUUCCUCCGACCACCCCCAGGAGCUUGGAACAUCAGUAUAUGACUCCCCGCAAGACAGCGUCCCGCCAAAUAUUCGACAUUCUUACCACUCGCCAAGCCAUCAACCAAGCCACCAGGUUCAACCACAGCCGGCUGACUUUUCUUCUCUUCCAUACUCGCCUGUGGGUAACCCCCAGUCACAAACUCCAUCUCUAAAUCAACCUUAUACUGCACAAUCACACCCACCUCAACAUAUUCAACAGCAUCAACAGCUCGCUACGUCAGCUCCUAGCCAACCUCACCAAGCACCUCCAUCUGUCCCAUCCAGUAGUCCAGGUCAGCCUCCGUACCCUACAGCCCCUGCUGCAGCGCGGCCAGGACCAGGCAGUGGGAGUUACCAGUCCUAUCAUCCACCAAGCGGCCCACAAGCAACUUCUUCAAACGUAAACCUAAACCCAAGUUCCUUCUAUCGGUAAAUAUGUGUUCUUCAUUUGCCAAAGAUUCCAACCCAUGUCCCAAUGGGAAAUUGGGCAGAUAGCAAACCUUUUCUACUAUCCUCCGCCCCUAGGAUUUCGGCGAUCUUGGUUGGAGGAUGCACGCAGGCGUUUACGGAAUUUCCUCCAGUUAGUAUUCAUUUGCCUCUUUGUAAACAGUUCACAGGUCAAUCCAAUUUUGCGGACAUUGCUUUUAUGUUGUUUUUCUCCUAGUUGACUAAAACUUUCUUGUUUGUUCUGGUAUAAGAGAAUGAAAGUCUAUGCUUUAUAGUCCUAGUAAUAUUCUCGCUGCCUCCGUCUUUUUCAAUUUCCGUAUCAUCUACUAGAUGUAUACCCUGCAUACCGGCUUUUGCGGUGUCACUGGGUUCCUGUCAGUUCGCGUGUGAUUAUACCUCACGAUUCCUACAUAUAUUUAUGAGCCUGUAGCUUCCUCCCCCAAGCCAUGUCGACUUGGGUUGAUACGUAUUGAUUGUUAUAAUAGCUAAUCUAAAUCACUUUUGGAAGUCCACUGCUAAAGCGGGCUUGAAUUAAAUUAUUUACUCUAGCAUUGAAUGAAACUGGUUUCGGAAUGCCACGCUCGGCUCAUUGGGCACACCGGGGCGGGGAGCUGCUGGAGUCACGUGUCAUUGUGUUCUCCCAGCGAGCCCUGCUCAGCUACCUA